AUGCAGCCGCUUCGCAUCAAGCUCUCCAACGGUGGGACUGUAACUGGCCUCCAUUCAAUCCCUCCAGCAUCAGCAUCGCAUCUACGUUACCGUCCUCUGAUCGUCGCCCUUCAUGGUGGAUGCUACGACAGCCAGUAUUUCCAGGGCAUUGCCCCAUACUCUGCCCAAAGCCCCAGCGUGGCCUUGGGCGUACCAUUCGUGGCAAUCGACCGUCCAUCGUACGGGGGCACAAGUUCAAUUCUUCCGGUUCCAGAAGGAACCGACUUCUACCAGGAGACCGGCCGCUGGUUGCAUCAAUACAUUCUGCCCCAGAUUUGGUCCGACCUCGGAGCACCCAAUGACUGCAACUGCAUCAUCUUGCUCAGUCACAGUCUGGGCGUCCCGGGAGCGAUCAUAGCGGCGACCCUCCACGCGCAGGACGAUGCACCGCGGUAUCCCCUGGGCGGCCUCAUCGCCAGCGGCAUGGGCAACAUGCAGGUGCCGGCAAUAAGGGCCAGCAGCCCGCUCCAUGUAAAGAUCGACGCAGAUCACGUCCAGUUCCUUGAAGAGUACAAGGACGCGGUGAUGUUCCGACCCGGAACUGCGGCGGCAGAGGUUCUGGGCCUGUGUGGGCGCCUGAACGCGAUCUCGCCGCUCCCGGAUGUUGCCGACUUCCCGACGACCUGGCUGCCAGUGUGGAAAGAGAGGUGGGCGUCCCAGGUUCUGGUUCCGGUCAUGUUUGCGCUGGUGGAGGACGAUCCCUUCUUCAUCACAGAUCAACAGGAAUUCGACACGUGUGUGCGGGCCUUCAAGCGCAGUCCGCGUGUUGAUGGGAGCCUGGUUCGAGGCGCCCCGCAUUGUAUGGAACUCAGCUACUGGUCCCAAGGAUGGUAUGCCCGGUGCUUUGGCUUUGCAUUAGAGUGUGCGGCGAGUAUAGUGACUAGACAUGAACAAGAUAGCACGGUAUGA